AUGAGCUCAACUGACCUACCACCACUUUUGAGGCUUCCACUACAUACUGUAGCCCACAUUCUUUCUGAAUUCAACACUAUCCAAGAACUUGGCCCCAUCAUCCUGAGCCACUCUAUCUUCCGAGAUGCUUUUCAAGAUAACCUCCAUUCAGUGGCCAGCGCCAUCAUCAUGCGCCAGGUGCCAAAUGGGGCCCUUCCAUUUCUACUCGCUCUGGUAGGAUCACACAGGCCAUCGCUCUUCAAACCUGUUGCUGCCAAGCAAUUAUUGAGCCUCGUGGCGUCGCCUUGCCCGGUGGCCUUGCCUAGCUUGGGUCUAUCAAAAGCAGAAUAUGCCUACAUGAGUAGCUGCUGCUCUUCUGCUAGGACUAUUUACAGAAAAAUGGCAUCAGAGUUGCUACCGUUGCAAUGUCAGCAUGCAAGUUUCAGGUUUAAGGAGCAUCACCACGCUACCCCUCAGGAAAAAUUUCGUAUUUCCCGAGCCGUCUUUCGUUACCAGCUCAUGUGCAACUUAUUCUGUCAUCGACUUUGCCUUAUCCGCAGACGAGAAUAUAGGCCACUAUUUGAUGACGAGGAACUUAAACGCUCGUUCUUCUCUGCAUUCCCACCUUGGGUCAACGAGGAGCUCAUGUGUGUGUUCGUAUUCUUGCGACGUAAAGUAGCUCAAGCGUAUGAUGAUAUUAUGGCCCACGAUGUUUCACUCAGCCAUUAUGAGAUUGAGGGCACUCCGGAUGUCGACUUCAUCAGCGCAAUUCAUUGGAUGUUAUGCAUGGGGCUUCCAUUUCUGAGCAAGAUAGUCUCAGGGGGCACUCUCAGGAGCACAGGCGUUCCUUACUUUUCCACGGGGCGAUCCGCGACAAGAGCCUACAACCCACACACGAUCCUCUUAUGCUCGAAGCUUGUACCGGAACAACUCACCAUCAACCCACCCCUCCGGGACCCAAGACUCCCGUUGAAAUCUUGGGAUAAGAGCCAACUUUUGCAACUCGACCCACGAGGAGCGACUCGAACGACCCCGUAUUAUGCAUGGUUGGCUGCCCAUCUCAGUCUACCCAUCUCCAGAGCUGUCUGCUGCGAUGCUGAUUAUAAUCUGUGGCUUGUUGGCUAUGUCUUAUGGACCAUGCGAGUGGGGGCGAAUGUUUCGUGGGAGAAGAAGUAUGCCGAGCUUAGACGUGGGGAGCCAGUCUUCCAGCGGCCUGGCAAAGAAUGGGGAAAGGAUGACCUAUUGCGAUCAAGAAAGCAACGAAAGGAUAUUCACAAUGCCGGUGGCGAGGGGUAUUGGCCCCGGGAGGGUGGUGAUUGGAGCGAAGUACACGGAUUGUCGGCGUCCCAGAAGGAAGCUCUCGAGGCCAAAUGGUUAUGUGAAGGGGUCACCGAAUCUACGGGUGACAGUUCGACUACAAAGUAA